CAAGAACGCUCUCCAUGCGAAUGAAGUGAUUCCGUUGUGACAGAUUGUAGUACGAUUGCUUUCACUUGUUCCUCGACCAUAUCGUGCUAUGCAAUUCUUUUUGGGGUUCGGGAAACCUUUCUUGGGUACAGCGAAGAUUAAAUGUUUUUCCAGCGAGACUUUUUUACUGCUGCUGCGGUCGUAUAUCUAACGACGUUUCUCUUCGCACUGCCUUUGAUGUGCCACAAGCUUGGUUUUUCGUCGUAUUUCAAGAAGCCUACGGGAGCUUAUAAAUUCCUAGAAGCACAAAAUGAAGAGCGGAUUUUGAACGCUAAAAUUUUCUUUCGAAAUUUGGAUAGUAAAGUCGAUUACAAUCACGAUAAUCAAAUGGAAUUUUCGACUGUUUUGUUAACAGCAUACCGCGGUUCAAACACUCAUUAUUCGCUUCAAGUGGCUGGUCGUUUACUUCCUCAGGUGUUGUAUGAUCAGGGAAAAACUGCUCUCACCUUUUUAAAUUUUGAUCCACAACUGAACGAAGAUGCGGCUUAUCUUUCACGUUUUGUGAACGUGGUCAAUAGCUCGUCGUACGUGAACUCCGCCGCCUCGAGGACAAGGGAGAAAGAAGAUUAUAUUUUGGGUUUAGAAACGGCCUUGCAACACAAUUCAACGUAUAUUUUAAUGCUUGAGGACGAUGCUCUGCCAUCUAAAAAUCUGCUAAAUGAUCUACGCUUCGUUUUGAAUAAUCGGAUGCCUGGAAGAGUUUUGAAAAGUCGCCGCGAUUGGGCUUUUUUGAAACUCUACUACCCCGAGAAAUGGCAAGGUUUCGGCUGGCCGCAGGUACCAGAACUUCUGCUGAUCGGUUUACUUGGAGGAUGUUUAGCGGUUUGGAUACAAUUGAAAAUAGGAAUUACGAGGCGAAGGAGACAAUCUAUGUUUUUAACCUUCGUAGUAUGGGCAGUCUACGCUAUUUUACUUGGUUACACUGUUGGAAGAGCUCACUGGGUAGAAUUAAGGAAACUCUCGCCAUACUUGUAUUCUGUCGUAGAGGCAGCUCGAUGUUGUACACCAGGCGUGCUAUAUAAAAAAUCUCACGCACGCGACCUUGUCAAUUUUCUUAAGUCAGUUCAAUGCAGUGAAACAUAUCCUCUGGAUUUUGCUAUCGACGACUUCGCCGACAAAAUGAAUUUGGAGAGGUAUUUAGUGGUUCCAAACAUGGUCUCACACAUUGGUGUCCAUUCUAGUCUAAGUAACCGGUUGAAAGAUGCCGCCGAGUUUUUCUUGAUAUUUAAGCCAUGAUUGAAAAAUGUUGGAUGCGUUUUUGUCCGAGAAAACUGAACAGGUACAAAUCUUAGUAACAAAUGUGUGACAAAAAAGUUGUCGUAAUUUUUACCCCUUGUCGAUGAACAUUUCUUAGCAACUUGUCGCUUCGGUUAGUGGAUUCUCAUACUCAACAACAACAAGUUUAUUUGGUAAGGCAGUUUAAUAAAAUAGGCAAGACAAUAAGUCCUGAUAUGUGGACCUGCACGCUAAAUUAACAUUAUAAUCACGAUUUGGACAGGAUAUCUACAAAUUUAAAAAUACAAGGAUGUAAAGUGUAUAAACAUCAAAUCUGGUAACAGAAAUUAAUGUAUCAAGAAGUAAACGAAGGCAUACAGCUAGGGUCGAGAGGUACCGCUGAUAACUAUAUUUGAACAAAUUUCUUAUCAUACUGUCGUGGUCUCUCAGUUUUAAGAUCUUACUGAAUACGUCUACCACGCGAAAUCUUCGAAAGUAAACAGUGCCCACGUGUUAUUUACACGUCAUAUGGUAUUUCGUGGACUCGACUCGACUGGACUGGACUCGACUGGACUAGUAAAACGCGGACUAGUAAAACGAGGACUAGUAAAACGCGGACUAGUAAAACACGGACUAGUAAA